GAGCAAGACAGCCGGAGAGCCGGAUUGUAAUUGGAUUGAAAAGGAAGAUAGCCGAUAUUUGUUUUGUUUUUUAUUGAUAGAAAGCAUGCGUAACAAUGGUAAAAAUUAAAAAUGCGGCGCUUGCUUACAAAACCUUAAAUGGACUAAUUUGCGUUUAUAAACCUUCUUGUGUUUCUGUGCGUCAAGUACAACAUACAAUAUUAACUAACCUGUGCAAAGACCUGAAUGAACUACCAGAUAGGCCUCUUGAAAAAAGAGUCGAAAUAGUCGGUGCUACGAACUCUCCUAUGGAAGUGAAGCUACUUCCGAACUAUGCUGACGACCCAUUAGCUUGUGGUCCUCGAUAUAUACAAAAAGAUUUUAGAUGCAGCUGGGCGACGCAUUUAGGCCUCUUUAGUAGUGGAAUAUUACUGUUAGGCAUCAAUGAUGGCACUAAGCUUACUUAUCAUAUAAAUACAGCAAGACUCACAAGAGCCUUCAAAGUGCAUGGUCAACUCGGAAAAGCAACAGACACAUACUUCUGGAACGGUCGGACUAUGGAGAGAUCAACGUUUGGUCAUGUGACGAGGGAUAAGAUAGAUAGAAUAGUUGCACAUAUGCAGGCCGCCCACCAGAAGUCUAUGUAUGAGGUAUCGGGUCUACACAUUGAUUCUCAAACGACAUAUGAUUUAGCAUCGCAAGGUCUUAUCAGACCUUCAAAUAACAAACUACCUGUUGUGUAUGGGAUUAAAUGUGUCCACUUCGACCCUCCUAAUUUUACUUUAGAGGUGCAAUCUGUAAAUGAAUAUGACAAAUAUCUUUGGACACUGAUCCAUGAUUUAGGAGUGCAAUUAAAGUCAACAGCUCAUUGUACUGGAGUUCAGUGCAUAAGGCACGGAAAAUUUGACCUUCAGUUAGCUCUUUUACGAAAACACUGGAAGCUAGAAUACAUAAUAGACAACAUGGAUCAGUGUCGCCAGCUUCUUGAAGAAAAUGAAAAUUUGUUACGACCGAAAACAGCAAAAUUAAUAGCUUAAAGUUUUAUUUGUAUAUAAUAUGUAAAUUAUGAUUAGGUAGGCAUUAAAAAUAUUUUUAAAUUC